AUGGCAACAACCUAUCAGCAACCGACCAUAAUAGAAGAAGUCCGAACCCUAUGGAUUGGGGAUUUACAAUACUGGGUCAACGAAAACUACCUCACAAACUGUUUCUCCCACACCGGCGAAGUUAUUUCCAUCAAAAUCAUCCGCAACAAAAUCACCGGUCAACCAGAAGGUUACGGUUUUGUCGAAUUCGUUUCUCACGCGGCAGCGGAACGAGUUCUUCAAAGCUACAACGGAACUCAAAUGCCAGGAACCGAACAAACCUUCCGGUUAAAUUGGGCUUCGUUCGGUAUCGAUGAACGUCGUCCUGAUGCCAAUCCCGAUCAUUCGAUUUUCGUUGGGGAUCUCGCUCCUGAUGUUACUGAUUAUCUUUUGCAAGAGACUUUUCGAACUCAUUAUAGUUCGGUUCGCGGUGCGAAGGUUGUGACUGACCCGAAUACGGGACGUUCUAAGGGUUAUGGUUUUGUUAAAUUUGCUGAUGAGAGUGAAAGGAAUCGAGCUAUGUCUGAAAUGAAUGGUGUUUAUUGUUCUACGAGGCCGAUGAGAAUUAGUGCUGCUACGCCUAAGAAAACUACUGCUUAUCCGCAGAAUCCUUAUGCUGUUGUUGCUGCAGCUGUUGUUGCUCCUGCACCUGCUUCUAAAGGUAGAACAAAACUUACCCUUUUAUAA